AUGGCAACACACAAAAGAAGCAGGCGCUCGCGCCUCGCAGAAGAAAUGUACACAUUGUUCGCUUUCUGGGUGGCCCUGGCAGCACUACCAGCGUUAGCUGUAUCAUAUAUAGUGGUACGAAUAAGCAAGCACUUAUGGCUGAAGCUGCUAUCCAGCAGGUAUCCAGGGCUAGAGUUCAUACGCACUGACACAGUACGGUCACUACUGGACACGCAUAGGAACCAAGGCAUCAUCAAUGUACUCCUAUCAGUAAAAGGUACUCCAAACCCUGAAGAAAUAAAGGCGAAACUCACACAACACGUAAUCGAUAGACGGGAUAAGAAUGGCGACCUCAUGUUCCCUAGGCUCAGGCACCUGCUUGUCUCUUAUUGGGGUAAUUACGCCUGGGACACCAGCGUACCGUUCAGACCGGAGAACCAUUUCAUAAUGACUACACCCGUGUAUAGGGGAAGACCUGUCAACGAUAGUAAUGUACAGGAAUAUGUCAGCGAAAUCGUAUCAAAAUAUUUCCCCAACGAACAACCACUAUGGCAGUUUAUUAUAAUACCGUGCAUAUCUUUGGAGCCGAAAUACUACAUUCUAAUCAGGGUCCACCACUUAAUCCUAUCCGGACAGAAAUCUUUAAACAUCGGUGAUCUAUUACUUCUAGAACAAUUGUCUCAUCCAGAAAACAUCACAGGACAUAGCGAAUAUACGCAAGAGAGUCCUUUAGCUAAACUGUUUCCGACACCAUCGGCAAUUCCAGAACUCUGGGAAAAAAUAAAUGAAAAUAUGUCGAAUGCUUGGAACGAAUUCGUGUCAGAGUACGAUCCAGUCGAGAGUCCCAGAGCUUUAAAAACUUUACCUGGAGUAUUUCAUGUCGCUGGCCUCGUACUGAUAUCCGGCGUCAGUGUAUUGCGAGAGCUCGCAAAGAAGAGAUCCAGUCGCGCUGGCUCUGAAACUCCUAUUACAGCCAUUUCAUUUUUGGCGGCAGUGCAACGGGAAUGUAAAAGAAGGAAUUUAACCAUACCAAAGGUUAUCAUCUCCCCUCUAGUCACAGCAGAUCCUAGAAAAUGGCCACGAAAAACAAUCAACGCCACUUUAUCGACGAUCGUAUCUUUUAUAAAAUUCCCUUUGAGAUUACGUGAUGAAAUCGUAGCUUUAAAUCAAUUAAGAAAAAAUGGUCAUGUGAAAGAAAUGCAUACGCUGACAUGGAAGUAUGCAGAAUUAGCACAGUUAUGCGCCCGAGCAUUCCAGGAAGCGUACACUGGCGUAGUCGAAAUUUACAGAGCGCCUGCAAAGUUGUGGGAAGACACAAUUAGAGCAGACGACGGCAAGAGUCAUCUACUACAAACUGUGUCUUUGUGCGGUAGAAAGGUAGUAGCAUGGUCAAGAGCAGUGCCGCGGGCGGGUAUAGAAAGAGCGGCACGGGCGCUCGGUGUAUCAUCUACUGAUAUAACGCUGUACGCGGCUACUGACGCGUUACGCGCGUUCUUCGAACAGGCUCAAGCUGACACACCUGAGACGGUACUGACUACAGCCAGAGCUGCAUCUGAAGAUUUCCUAUUCACUUUUGCUGAAGGAAACGGGAAACAUUAUAAGAAAUAUCACACGGGGGGUAUGAUUUGCCUCUCCCUUCCAAUCGGAGCGACGCCACGUCGAAUCGCUUCAGUUGUGGAACAGGCGUGCAGUCGUCAGAAGGCAUUGGCUGGAGCGUGGGCGGCACAAGCCCGCUGCGGGGCCCUCACUAGGGCAGUCCCUUCACCGUUCGCAAGACUUACGCUGAACAUGCUCUCGCGGCGAUACGCGGUAUCGUAUGCGGAAAUCAAUGCGCCAGUGGAUGCUAAACAACGAAAGACCCUAUGGGGCCAGACAGUGGAUAGCGUCAUCUAUUGGAGGCCACCACAGGCCAAUAUUAGUAUGUCUCUAACUGUGAUCCAAUACGCUGAAACAGUUCGACUCGCUGUUAUGACAGACGCGCGUCUGUCUCCCUCGCACACGGUUCCCGCCGUCCGGUGGCCCGCGGCUAUCGAACAAUUAGUCGCCAAAGUAGACCAGGAGAUAGCGCGCAUAUCGGCGCAAGCGCAAAUGCAGAACAUUCCUCAGAUCUUCACGCCAAAAGAAUCGGAAACAAAUGUUAGCUACGAACUUCCAUCUAGACCAGAAUCAUCAUCUUCUCUCAGGCCUCCGACGACAGAACUAGUUAGCCCUCCUCCAAUAAGAAGACGUAUUACGCAUAAUAUGUGA